ACAUAUCGCACGAGAUGCUGUACUUUAAGCUCCUCGUCCUGAACAGUACAUACGAAACAACGAGAUCCCCUCAUAGCCACAGCGGCGUGCACUUCUGCGCGCUGGAUUACUUAGUCUUGACAGUUGUGGUACGCAGUCUUCCCCAAAUCGCUCGGAGUCGCGAGUUCGUUGGGGCUUAGGAACAACGAGGUUAUUACGACAGUCUGCUCCCAGACUAACGAGCUACACAAGGUCCAUACAAGUCCGAAACUCGCUGCGCAUGCUGCGCGCGUUCGCGGCUUGCUCAACCUUACCCGCUUCAUUGAAAUAGAGGGCGAUCAUUCGCAUACUCCAGUCGCUCGUUCCUCCUCUCUUCCUGUAGUCGACGCACACGUCGAUCAUGGGCACUCAGGUUGCUGAGGUCGUGUCACCUACUGUGGUCGGAACCACGCCUCCCCGUCCUACCUCGCCGGCCGAUCCGCUCGAGACAACACCGCUCUUGCACGACCCAUCGGAUGCUGCAGCGAACGUUUCGACGCAGAAACCACCACUGCGACUCUCGCCGAUAGUGCUCAUCACACCUGUCGCACUCCUCUUCCAGCUCGCGGCAUACCUUCCACUGACCACCGUCAUCGAUGCAAUUCGCAAGAUCGUUUGCCGGUGGUGGUAUAUGACCAAUGAUCCCGACAAGAUACCUGCAGACGGCUCUAUCCCGAGCAUUCUAUGUAGCGUACCUGGCGUGGAGCAGAACUUCGCCACCGCGUUGACGAUCACAGCCUUCGUAGAGGGCCUUGCAUCUCUGAUUGCUUAUAGUGCCCUGAGCCACAUAGCCAACAAAGUCGGACGAAAGCCUGCGAUUCUGAUAGUCAUAGCCGUAGGGAUUUGUGCGGAUGUCUCAAUCUUGAGUACUGCCAUAGUUCCGGAGGCGUUGGAAGCAGUCGCUCUGCUUCUGUGGCUUCUGUCCCAGUCAAUCGCGACCGUGACGGUCCUCAUGUUUCUCCUCAAUACGUAUGUCGUCGAUAUCGUGCCAGCGGAGCUCAGGACAGCUGCUCUCAGUAGGAUCUCUGGAUUUGCUACGCUAGGCGGUGCUCUCUCCUUCAUGGUUGGAGGCGCCAUCACCACGCACUUCAACGAUGCAGCACCAGUAUAUUACGUCGCUCUCACCCUGCAAUGUGCCAACUUCCUCUACGUCGGGGCUCUCAUUCCUGAGACACACCAAAAGGUGCACGCGGAAGAGGCCACGCAUCCGGUAGCGGAAGACGACGCUCCAUCAAAGAACGUCGCGAUCGCGGCCCUUCAGUACUGUCGCAGCAUCACAGUCGCUGCUGUCCUUCCCCUGAAGACCCUGUCGCCUACUCGAGACCAUAUCACUGGGAAGCUCAACCUACGGCUCCUAUGGUGCGCGAUUCACGCGUUUAUCUCCGGACUAGGUGACGGCUACGUAAUGCCUGCCCUGAUGGUAUAUCUCACCACCAAGUACGACUACUCACCGACGGAGACAGGAUACGUCAUGACCACACUGACGUUGACGUACGUCGUGGUCUUAGCCCUCAUCAUACCGCUGCUCGUUCGACGCUUUCUCCGGCCACUCUACGUAAAGGCGACCCAUCUGUCAACAGUCUCAGAUUCAGAAGGCGUUAGCGAGGUAGCGGAUGAGAUGGAUGUGCAUAUUGUCAUAGCUUCCGCGUGGAUCAAUGUUGCUGCUCUGUUGUUGUUGACGAGUAUGACGUCGCGCGGGCUCCAACUAGCGUGCAUUGUGUUCUAUGGGCUGUCAGCCGGACGUGGUCCUGUCCUUCGCAGUCUCGUUGUGUCGACCGUUCCGCCAGACGAGCAUGCAUCAGCGUUGGCAGCCAUUGAGAUGACCGUGGGCUUUGGUAUGUUACUGUCGCCCGUCAUCUUGGGUCCCAUUUUGACCGCCACAAUAUCCACCUUACCCCAAGUUGUCUUCUAUGUAGUUGCGGGCUUCAUCACUGCCGCAAGCUUGGUACUAUUGCUGGUCAGAGAUUCUGAUCGGUACCAGCCAGUGCACGAAGACUCGGAGUGACGUUGGCGGCCUGGGUGCCUGGUUGUUCGAGGUCAUUCUGGUCUAUAGAUGGCUGCAUCCUACUCGUCAUUUUGAAUCGUAGACGUCGGCUCUGAUGAUUGAUUGGCAGCCAUGUACUAGUAGGUCUGCUCGUCGGCAUGCGGGAUCGUGAACCUUUCGGACCGUCGUUGACCCCAUCGUCCUACCUCAGCUUGAAACCUAGGCUUCUGUAAUUUCGAUUCAACCGUCGACUGUCAUGUGCUGUCCCCUUGCAUCUGUGACUGCUAAAUUAGCAUCAACAUGGUCAUUACGUGCCGCA